AUGUAUCGCCCUAACCCGCGCACACAAUCUUUUCGUGGUUUUGCGGCCCGCGAUGGCGAAAAAGUCAAAAAGGGGCCGACCGCCCGGCCGACACCUCAAAACGUGGCAGACUGGCCCGAUCCGCCAGCGAUCGACAGCAGCCACGAUCUACGCGCCACAGCAGCAAAAAUACAGAAAACAGCCGUGCUAUGGAAGUCUGCAACAGACGAGAACCGUGACCCCCCACCGCCAGCCAAGCUGCACGGCUUCUUUGACGCCGUGAUCUCCCUGGCGAAGAGGAUGACGGACAGCGAGCUGCUGGCGGAGCUGCAGCGCCUGCGCGCGAUAUUCGACGAGCAUGCCAGCAAGCAGGCCGACCUGUAUCACAAAUUGCAGGCGUCUAUCGACACCCAGGCCGUCGCAGCUGCCGCCGCUGCUACUGCGAACCCUGCUGGCUCCCGCCGGCCAAUGGAUUACCGAGCUGCACUUCGCAGCAAUACCGAAUCCUCUCUUGUCUCCGGCUGGCUGAACAGAGCCCACACCAACGGCACACUCUCCACCAAUGGCCUCAGCACCGGUAGCGCCCCUGCACCGCAGCGGGUGCUACGAGAGGACCUGCAGCUGAUCAUCCGUGGCACAGAACGCUCUCUGGUCGAUCCGCUACGUCGACAUGCGGAAGAAGUGGUCCACCGGGCCAAUCGGACGAUCAAAGACGUCUGUGACGAAGCCAAGAUCGCUCCGGUUGAGGUGUCUACCGGCUUUGUGCUGCCCAGCGGCGACGUGCUUCUCCGUUGCGACAGCGUACGCGACGUCCGCCAGUUGACUGACCUCUGUAGCCCGCAAGAUAACAGCUGGUGUGCCGUCUUUGGACCGAAAGCGCACCUUAAGCGAGAAACCUUCUCCGUUGUCAUGCACGGCGUGCCGAUCAGCUUCGACCCCUCCGCCCCAGAUGCUGCGAAACGCCUGCGUUCACAGAACGUACGCCGCAUCCCUUCGACCGCUAAUAUCAUGCACAUCGGCUGGCUCAUGCCGGCACGUAAGAUGGCCGACCUCCGGAAACAGGCCACAACCUCCGAUACCACCACCGCUAAGCUCGUGAUCGAAUUCGACGACCCAGACGCAGCAAAUCAAGCAAUUCUUCUCGGCCUGGCGCUGCAGGGGCGGGAUCACGACUGCCAAUUCUUCGACGGCAGCCACCGGCUGCAGCAGUGCUUCCAGUGCCAAUCGUACGGUCAUAUCGCCCGUAAUUGCAGAAGGGAGAUCCGCUGCGCGUACUGUGCUGGAUCUCACGACUCCAAGGAAUGUGCACAUGCCCGUAACCGCGCGUCUGCCAAGUGUGCUGUGUGUAUCAGGCACAACGAAACCGCAGUUGAAGAAGCUAAGGUCAAAAUUAACCACUUUGCCUUCGAACGAGAGUGCCCUCGGCGUGCCGAGCAGCUCGACAUGAUCCGUAUCAACCGUCUCCGGGGCCCUCAGCUCCACCGGACGGCCACAGCCCCUACCCCAUCAACGUCAACAUCCCCAGCUGCCCCUACCCCCGCAGAAGCAUACUCCGGCUCACAAAUCGGCAAAGCGGCCCGUGAGCUAGUCAAUAGCGCACAACAGGUGCUAGAGCCCGUACUACAGCCCGCAAGAAAGCUCGAGGUUAGGAUCCAAGGCCGGUCCGCUAGCCCUAGCAAGCGCCGCCGGGCCCCGUCCUCGAGCUCAGAGAGUGAAGAUGCCCCUUUGGUCCCCGCAAGCCGUAUUCGGCCAAAAACCACCACAGUUAACCGGAAGCUGGUCACGUACGGCACCCCACGGCUAGUGCAGCCCAUGCAAAAGCAGUGGGAAGGGCUCCACGCCCCGUCCUCGGAUAUGGUGGAGAUCCUUACGCCGGACGUCACAACAGAGAAUCUGGAAGAUAUCGGCACGCAAACCCGUAGACGCAGCAGGCGUACCGCCAGCGAGUCCUCAGACGAGCUCAGCCAAGAAGCCCCCACACAAUCGCAGAGAACUGGCCCUAUCACUCGAGGCGCAGCGAGCGCGCAAUGA